AUGGGUAUAAGAACCAAGCAUCCAGAGACCCAAAAUGCCAUAGAGAAACCAAUGCCAAUCACAUCUGCUACAAUCAACCUUCUUGAGCCCAAUGAACCCAAAGUGGAGCUUCCUGCUGUCCUCACUAUUGCAGGAUCCGAUAGUUCUGGCGGAGCAGGCAUCGAGGCUGACAUCAAAACCAUGACGGCCCACAGUGUCUAUGGUCUUACAUGUAUCACGUCUUUAACUGCCCAAAACACCUUGGGCGUUUCGGCUGUGGUCGAUACACCAAAAGAACAUGUCAAGGCCAUUCUCGAAAAGAAUUUCGAAGAUUUUCUCGAGGGAUACGAAGGUGCCCCACCAUUAAAGGUGGUCAAGACAGGAAUGCUUACUAAGGAUGCUGUGGAAGUUCUUGCGUCCUACCUUGACUACUUGGAAAGCAAGAAGGUCAAGUUGGUUGUGGAUCCGGUCAUGGUAAGUACAUCAGGAAAGAUUCUCACCAAUGACGAAACAAUGCAGCUUUGUCAAAAGACCAUCAUCCCAAGAGCAUACUUGUGCAUGCCCAAUUAUGUGGAGGCUCUCCACUUGUGGAAGUGCUUUGGUGACGAGCCAAUUGAGAUCGAGACAGUCGACCAGUUCAAGACUUUCACUGUCAGAUUGCAAGAAAAGCUUGGAUGUGCCAAUUUGUUGGUCAAGGGAGGUCACAUUCCUUGGCUCAACGGGAAGAAAUUCUCAGGCAAAGACGGUUCGGGCCAAGCUUUGGAGAUUGUCGAUGUUUUGUUCCAGAGCGACGAGCAGAAAGUAACUGUGGUUCGUUCUUCAUAUAUUGAGUCAAAUAAUUCUCACGGAACUGGAUGCACUUUAGCUAGUUCAGUUGCUUCGAACUUGGCCAAGGGAAUACCAUUGCAACUUGCUGUUCCGCUUUCGGUCAAUUACAUUCACCGGGGCAUGACUAGCUUGAAGCAAAAGUUGGGCCACGGCAAAGGUCCUUUAAACCAUACGGUUGAGGCUAAGGCGAGUGUGAAAGAUGUUAUCAAAGGCGAAAAGAUAACCCAUUUGGUUGAGAAACAUGGAUCAAUCAUCGACUACUUCACAAAUCACCCUAGGGUCAACGAAAACUGGAACAAGUAUGUGCAUCACGAAUUUCUAGAUCUUUUGGCCAGAAACAGGCUUCCCUUUGACCGCUUUCUCUUUUACUUGAAACAAGACUUUUACUACCUAGUCAACUAUGCCCAAGUUCAUGCCAUUGCUGCUUCAGUGGCCCCAACUUGUGAGCAGAUUCAUGCGCAAUCGCUAAUUAUUGGAAGUAUCAUCGAAGAGAUCAAAAGGCACAAGAAAAAGUUGCUCACAGUAUACAAUAUCGACUACGACAAUGCAGACUUGGACGAAGAGCUUCAACCGGCUAGUGCAUGUAUCGCAUACUGUGAUUACCUCUUGAGUUUGGGAAAAACUGAAGACUUUUUGGGUCUCAAAGUGGCAUUGGCACCAUGCUUACACGGAUAUGCCGAGGCGGGAAUUUAUGGCAAAAAGAUUAGAGAGAAAGUGGAUCCAAAAGAUUUGGGAGUUGUGAACGCAACCCAGUCUGAAACUUAUGGUGAGUGGUUGAACGACUAUGUUUCUGAUUGGUAUACCACUGCAGAAAAGGAAGGAAGGAUGACCUUGGACGAUAUUUUCCAGAAACUGGAAAUAUCCGAGGAGAGAUUGGAAGAGCUAGUGACUAUUUUCAAUACUGCAACCAUAUUGGAAAUAGGUUUCUGGGACUACGUGACCCGGGACAUUUAG